UUAGGCGCAACGAUCGAGGGUAAGAAAAUGCAUUCCCUCGUUAUACGAUCUGGGCUAUGGUUGAAUGUGUUCAUUCAGUCUGGUUUUGUCGAUUUCUACUCGAAAGGUGGAGACUUGAGUUCGGCAGAGAGAGUGUUUGAUGAGGUUGUGGUUAAGGAACCGGUCCCUUACAACUGUUUGAUAUCUGGAUAUUCGAAGUCGGGGAAUGUUCUAGCAGCGAGGAAGAUUUUUAAUGAGAUGCCAUUUAGAGUUCCGGCUUCGUGGAAUACGAUGAUCACUUGCUAUGUGCAUAAUGGUAAUCUUGUUGAAGCUGUUAAACUAUUUGAACAGAUGCUAGAGCAGAAGUUUCAGCCGAACGAGAGGACUCUUGUGACUGUUCUUUCAGCGUGUGCUAAAAUGGGUUAUUUUGAAAUGGGAUUGAAAGUUAAGGAAUUGAUGGAUGGUCAGAAGUAUCGUACAAAUUUGAUUGUUCGAACUGCAUUGAUGGAAAUGUAUGUCAAAUGUGGAGCUGUAGAUGAGGCACGUCUUGAGUUUGAUCAAAUGGAUUGCAAAGACGUGGUUGCUUGGAGUGCUAUGAUUGCUGGCUAUGCACAAAAUGGGAGAUCGAAUGAAGCUUUAGCGCUUUUCGAGAAGAUGAAGUUGGAGAAUUGUAAGCCUAAUGAAGUCACUCUAGUGAGUAUUCUGUCAGCAUGUGGUCAAUUAGGCUCUGUAGAAGCUGGGGAGCGUAUAGGAAACUAUAUAGAGAGUCAAGGGUUGGCAUCUGGUGUUUAUGUAGGCUCUGCGCUUGUCAAUAUGUAUGGUAAAUGUGGAAGUAUUAGAAGUGCCCGUAGGAUCUUUGAUGAGAUGCAUCAGAAGGAUGUCGUCUCUUGGAACUCAAUGAUUGAAGGGCUAGCAAUUAAUGGAUUUGCGGAUGAUGCAAUAAAUCUCUACUAUAAGAUGAUAGAGGAGAAUUUUAAACCAGAUGAUAUAACUUUUGUGGGGUUGUUAACUGCUUGUACUCAUGCUGGCUUAGUUGAUCUGGGUCUCAAUUUUUUUAAAAGUAUGAAAGAAGAUCAUGCUAUUGUGCCUAAAGUUGAACACUGUUCUAUUGUAGUUGAUCUCCUUUGUAAAUCUGGAAGACUGGAAGAGGCUUUUGAGUUCAUUUUUCAGAUGGAGGUGGAACCAAAUACUGUUAUCUUGAGCAUACUAUUGAGUGCUUGUAAAGCUUAUUCAAAUAUUGGUCUUGCUGAGAAGUUGAUGAAGAAGUUGGUGAUGCUGGAUCCAAAUAAUUCCGGCCAUUAUGUUUCUCUCUCUAGUUUAUAUGCUGAUUCAGGUAGAUGGGAUGAAGCCAGGAAGGUGAGAAGAUUAAUGGAGACUAAAAAUGUGUCAAAGCUGCCAGCAUAUAGUUGGAUAGAAUUGGAUAACAAGACACACAAAUUUCUUAUUGAAGACAAAUCCCAUCAGAGAUCUGAUGACAUCUAUAGCAUAGUCGAUGUGUUAAGCUUGCACUUGAAGUGCGCUAGCCAUGCUCCGACCUUUGAUUUAGAGAUAGUUUGAUAUUUCAUAAGCUGGAUCGAAGAGACGAAACUAAUACUUAGUUUGUUUAUGAUAAUGUCGAACGCCUGAAAGAGAUAUAGUAUAUCUUCUACAGAAAUUAGAUGUCUCCCUUCUAUAAAGUCUUCUGGCAUUAUGAGACCAUUGUUUACUGGAAAAACUCUUGGUACGCCACACUCCACAUCAAUGCCAGGAAAGAACGCACAGGAGAAGAAAAGAGCAAGGCAACAGUAACGAUACCCACGUUCAAAUCAAUUCCCAUUUGAGAGAUGGAUCCAAGCUCGGCCUCAGGCUCAUCCUCAUCUCGUGGGCCUGCAAGCUUCUCAACUCAGGCCGACGCUCUCCUCAGAAAGAAUCUCAUCUUUCAGAAACGCAAUACGAAGACCAAUGCCUGCAUAAUCUCAUACCCAUUAGUGCUCUGCAUCAUUAUUGUCAUCAUUCAAGUCAUCGUUAAUAAAGAACUCGAUAAGCCCAAGAAUCGUUGCGGCUGCAAAUGCAUUCCCACUAACAGCAGUGGCCGAUGUGAGGAGGUUUGUGGGAUUCAAUACUCGGAUGCGAUUCAAGCAGAGACAUGUGCGGUUCCGAGCCCACCAAGAUGGCCGGCCCUGAUGCAGGUUCCUCGGCCUGAAUAUCGGGCUGUGAGGUCAGGCUCAGUUUGGGCCCAGGACUUUCCAGAUAGGUCCUGUAGGAUGACGGGAUCAUGCCCGGCGACUUUGCUAUAUACCGGCAAGAACAAAUCUCUUGCAGAAAGUUUGGCUGGGAACUUUCUUCCGGAGAUCUCCUCAUUGAAUUUCUCUGACUAUCUUAAUGCUCUUUCGAACAUCAUUCCAGGAACAGAUGCACCAACAAGUCUAACAGAAUUUAUUGAGAAUGCCUUUGUCUCAGAUAGACCUCUAUAUGUGCUUCAGCCCAGGUGUAGUGGGGAUUCUGUUGUUUCUCUUGAUAUUGAAGUUUCUGGUAUUGACCUUCAGCAAGGUAUGGAACCAUUCAAUUUAUUUUAAAAAUUCAGCUCUUUUAACGAAAAUCAGUAUUCAACAUGUCUGUUCUCUGAUGGAAAUUCAAUUAUGGUGAUUUUAGUUUUAAUGUCUUUUAUAAACUUUACAUGAUUAUGCAAGUCUAACUUGUGAUACGAGUUCACAUGAACCAUGCUUCCUCACUUCACUUGCAGUUUUACUCUACUGGGUGUAGUUGUCAAUACCUUAUGAUAUGCGGAAUGUUUCAAUAUAAUAUGCAAGUAAUUUGAUAUAUAUCUUAUGCAAGUAUUGUUUGUGACAAUGUAUGAUAUGAUAAAUAUAGCACAGCUGUCUACAUGAACCAUGCCUUGCCAUAUACAAUAUGUGAUGUACAUGAUAAAUUGACUUAUAAAUCGAUUUCAAACUCACUUAAAAAUCCCUUCAGGUUUAACUACAGCUUACAAGUUCAGGUGGGCUUAGUUUUUUUAAUAGAAGUGUACAUCCAAGCCCAAAUCACCUGUUUAGUUGAUAAAAAUGUAUAAACCUAUUGUCCUGUCCAAAUUUCUUUCUCCACUUGCCAAUAAAAAACAUAGUCACUUCUUUUACUCCUGUUUCAAGUACUCAAUCUGGAUGUUGAGCCAUCGAAUGCCACCAGGAUAGGGGAAAACUUUGGAACAACUAAAACUUGUUUCCGUGUUUUCAAUUAAUUAUAGCCCACAAUAGGAAAUGAGGCAAGGAAUACAGGAAGAAACCACACAGACAUAUCUCCAAUUUGCCUGUUGCAUAUGGAACUAUGAUGCGUAGAGUCGUAGACUGGAGAGUUUGGAUGUUGCCUACCAGAUGAUAACUCUUGGUUAGAUAUACAUCAGUGCUUUGAACUUGAAAGAGGGCUACGUACUGCAACCAUCAAAUAAAACUAAGAAAAGAGGCCCAUAUAUUAACUUAGAGUAAACAUCAGCUUCUACUUUUCAAUUGUCUAAAAUUUUCACGCUUUCAAUUAUUGGUAAGAUCCUGAAAAUUGAAUGUGAUUGACUGUCAGGAAUGAAGAGAAAGAAGGUAGACAAGAGUGAGUUUUUGGAGAGUGAAAAAAGAUGAAAAUGUCAUUCUUAACAAUGUAGAUUCGGAUGGAUAUUUUGGGGAUGAUCUAUUGAUGCUAAAUUGGGUAGUUCUGGUAGCGCUAAUGAACUUGUUUUAGGACAUCAUCAUUUAAAAUAUUAAUUGGGCUUAUUUUAUGGUUAAAUUAUG